AUGGCAACGUGGAAGGAAGGAUCGGAGUGUUGCUCGUGGGAAGGUGUCACUUGCGACCGUUUCAGCAGUCAUGUCGUCGGCCUCCACCUUGGUUGUGACCAAUUUAAGGGGAUUCUGCAUCCAAACAGCUCCCUCUUCCACUUGCGGCACCUCCGGAGCCUCGAUCUGUCCGACAAUGACUUCAAUGGCUCCACCAUUCCCUCAACCUUCACCCAGUUGACCAGCCUGGCUCAUCUCAACCUCUCUAGAUCGAGGUUUUCCGGUAACAUCCCGCUCGGGUUCAGCCAACUCAACAAGCUUGUCACACUUGAUCUUUCCUAUAAUUGGCCAUAUGUUGACCUAAACGACGAUUUCUCCAAGCUGAUGCUGAACGCCACGGGAUUAAGCGAGCUUUGGCUUUAUGGUGUGAAUAUGUCAAACAUCAAGCCCUCCUCCUUCUCCAACUUAUCACACUCCAUGACAUUUAUCUCCCUUUACCACUCUGGAUUAGUAGGGGAUUUUCCGGAGAGCGUCUUCCGCCUCCCAAACCUCCAAGGGUUUGUUCUCCUAGAAAACCCACAGCUCUCCGUUCAAUUUCCAUUCUCGAAUUGGACUGCUGGCCACCUCAAGGUAUUAGCUCUCUCCUCAGUCAAUUUCUCUCGACAACCGAUGAUCCUCGCUUCAAUCGGGGAUUUGAAGUCCUUGCACACUUUAUUCCUUCAAGACUGUUCAUUGUCGGGGUCAGUCCCAGCUUCUAUAGGGAACCUCACGUCCUUGACUGAUUUCGGCCUUUCAGGCAAUUCAUUAUCCGGGAGAUUUCCUGAUAAUAUUCUCCCAAACCUAGUUCAGCUGGAAUACUUGCUUUUGGGUGACAACAAAUUUUCUGGCGGGUUUCCCGACAUUUUCGGUAACCUCUCACACAAACUUACAUAUCUAUACGUUUACAAUAACAAUUUCACAGGUCCUAUUCCAUCUCUCAUCUUUAACCUGCCAAAACUUCAAACCUUGGAUUGUUCAUACAAUCAGCUUGUGGGUCCACUUCCAAGUCAACUAGUCAAUUAUAUUGGCUUGAAUAGUAUACAGCGGAUCGACUUGGGAGGUAACUUCCUCAAUGGAACUAUCCCAUCUUGGAUGCUAGCCCUUCCAUCCUUGGAGCGGUUGGACCUCAGGUCUAACUUGUUAACAGGAGAGAUCCCUGAGUUCCAAUCGAGUUCCUUAGAAGGGAUUUUUCUACAACAAAAUCAAUUGUCUGGUCCUGUACCAAACACAAUCUUCAACCUUGUGAACGUUUACCAGAUCGAUCUCGGUGCAAACAGGUUGAGCGGUGUCUUCCAUUUGGAUAGUAUUACAACUCUAGAAAAUCUUCGAAGUCUUAGCCUUUCAUAUAAUAAUAAUAUUUCAAUACUAUUUGGUAGCACUCCACAUAAUUCUACCUGGAUUUCCCCACUUAUAUACUUAAACCUAUCUUCUUGUAACAUUACCAGAAUCCCAAGCUUCUAUCUUGACUUCUUUCCCUCUCUCGAGACACUUGAUCUCUCUCACAACUUUUUAAACUCCAUGACCAUCCUACCACCUCACAUGGAGAGUCUUCAAUACCUUGACCUAAGCUACAACAUGAUUGAAGGCCAACUUUCUAUCCCGUGGAGUCCUCAACUUCAAUAUUUGUUAGUGGACAAUAACAAGUUGACAGGGAGGAUGCCACAUCACAUAUGUAAUAUCACCACCCUUGACGUCAUCAACUUGUCUAACAACAGCUUGAGUGGCAGCAUACCUGAAUGCUUGGUCAACCUUACCGAUUUGACAGUCUUGCAAUUGAGGAUGAACAACUUCCACGGUUCAGUUCCAUCCAUAUUUGGCAAUAUGAGCUCCUUGGAAAAUCUGGACUUGAAUGACAACACAUUGGGAGGUCCAUUGCCGCAAAGCUUAGCAGCGUGCAAGGAGCUUCAAGUAUUGGAUGUCGGGAACAAUGAACUUAAUGGUGUUUUCCCAUUUUGGUUGUCAUCUCUUCCCCAACUGAAAGUUCUCAUCUUGCACAAUAAUAGUUUCCAUGGCACUAUCACGACUGAGAGUAUGGACAGCUUUCCCAUGUUGCGGAUAUUGGACAUCUCCAACAACUACUUCAACGGUCUUCUGCCCGCAAGCUUGUUUCACAAGUUCCGGGCCAUGAUGAUGCUGCAAGAGUCCGAGAAAGUUGGAGUAAAUUACAUUGGAUGGUCAAGUAGUGGUGAGUACUACUCUGUUGUUCUGAUAGUGAAAGGCCAAGAGAUGAUGAUAACAAAAAUCCUCACCAUCUUCACCACCGUGGAUUUGUCGAACAACUAUUUCCACGGCAGUAUUCCAGACGCAAUUGGAGAGCUCAAAUCACUCAAGCACCUCAAUCUCUCACACAACAGCCUCAGUGGCCCAAUUCCGUCUUCCCUCGUGAACUUGACCGAACUCGAAGCCUUGGAUCUCUCCUCCAACCAACUUACAGGGGAGAUCCCGCCGCAAUUCACAAGUCUGACUUCAUCUCUUGCAAAAUUCAACUUGUCGCAAAAUUUACUCCAAGGGCCGAUACCUCAAGGCAGUCAAAUCCAGACAUUUGAUAAUACUUCUUACAUUGGAAACGAAGGAAUGUGCGGGCUUCCGUUGUCCAAGAAGUGCGGAGGCGAUGAUCAUAAUGAUCAUGAGGAUUCUGAACCAGAAUCCGAGUCCAAUGGCGGAACACUGUUUGAUUGGACAUUCGCAGGUGCUGGGUAUGGAUGCGGGCUAGUGAUCGGAGUAUCGACCGCCUACAUUAUGUUCAUAAUCAGGAAGCCACGGUGGCUGGUGGAGAUGAUAGAUAACUGGAUUCGGCGGCAACACCAGGCUAGACGGUGGAGGCCGGCGAUAAGAUUUUAA